AUGAAAACAACAAAAGCUCGUAAAGUAUAUGGUGUAGAAUAUCCAUAUAGAGGUGUUUGGAUAAUUGGCCGUAUUGCUUAUGCUGUCGGAUAUUCCACUGGAGAACCUGAUAAAAGACACAGAGGAGGAUUUGGCUAUUUUGGUUCACUCGCUUUAGUUGGAACAACCAUUUCUAGUGCAUACUCUUUAUUAACUUAUUAUUAA